AUGAUUGUCUCCCAUCGACGACUUCAAUGCCUUUACACUGUACAUUUUGCAAAUUUAUUUCUCCUUGUACUACUUUACUCCGAUACUACUAUACGUAUGCAGACGCUGAAAUGCGACAAAAGUAAAGUGGCACAUACUCGGAUACGACGACGAUCUGUGGAAGUGAAACGACCGAUAACUGAACAAUCGCCACUGUCAUUAUCACCAUCCGCUGGAAAUCACGACCAGUGGACUGUGCAUAUUGGACAGGAUACCAUUAUUCCUAAGAUUGUUUUCGAAACAUCUUGUAAGCGUAUUCAUCGUCAUUGUGCUGAAACAGGCCGCAAAUUAAUGGGUUUCCAAGGACCACGUGGUCCACCAGGACCACAAGGCAUUACUGGACUUCCCGGGAAAAGUGGUCAACAGGGUAAGACUGGUCCAAUUGGACGGAUCGGCAAUGUUGGUGAAGAAGGAGAGCCAGGCAUUAAUGGUCGAUGUAAUUGUUCAUUUCCGGAUCCAUACCUGCAACAGAUCAUUGUACCCGGGUCACCCAUUAUUCAGAUUGAAGAAAAAACCAUGCCGGUACCGGUAUUUGUCAUUAAAGAAAUAGAAGUGACAAAGUUGGUACCUUUUAAGCCCACCACAACUCGUCUUCAUCCAUUCAAAAGCAGUUUACCACCUAUAAGAGUAACAGAUUUAUCACAGACACACCUUCUGUCAAAGUUAACAACAGUGAAGAAAACUACAUUAAAAAUGUUGAAGAAACCAACAGCGCCAUCUGAAUCUACUUUAUCGUUAAGUUUGCCAGAGAAUUAUGUAACGAUAAGAGGAAAUUUCACUGAAGAUUCCACAACAAUUGAGCCAUAUAUUGGCCCACCAACACUUGGCUACAACAAAAGAGUUUGUCUUCUGAAUGCUGUCGGUAUUCCUGUACUUCAUGCUGAGUCACAGUAUAGUACUGUUGGCUCGUGGAUGCGCGAUAAUUUACCUUACAAUCAAGAAAUGGCUGAACGACGAUGGGUAACUGAUGAUUAUGCUUCACCGGUGCUCUAUGAAUAUGAAAAUGAAAGACAGCUAAUGAAUAAAAAGCAGAAAAUCAAGUAUUACAUAGACUAUUUGGCAUCUGGUACAGGCAAUAUUAUCUAUAAUGGUUCUUAUUAUUAUCAUCGACAUAGCUCAAGCAUGUUAGUGAAAUAUGACUUAGAAUCAACUGAUGAAGCACAAAUGGAUCUGGGUGAUAUGUCAUAUCUAGAUUGUUCGAGAAAGCCAGAUCAUACAUUUGAGGACUGCAACGAAACGGAACGUGACAUAUGGCUGUAUAACCGUCCUCAUAAUUAUGUUGAUUAUUCUGCUGAUGAGAAUGGACUUUGGGCAGCUUAUGUACGAUCUGGCAUGCAACAUAUUACUGUCAGUAAAAUUGAGCCAGAUAUGCAUGUAGUUCAAACAUGGGAUAUUUAUGAAUUGAAUGCAACAAGUGUAGCUGAGACAUUUAUUAUGUGUGGAAUAUUGUAUGGAUUAAAAAGUGUUACAGAUCGGGACACUGUUGUUAACUUUGCUUAUGAUUUAUUUAGGAAUGAAACAAUAGAUGUAAAUGUGAAAUGGUAUAAUCCAUACGGUGGCAUGACCAUGUUACAUUACAAUCCAGUAGAUGGACGCUUAUAUUUCUUUGAUUCGAAACGAUUAUUGAGUGUAAAUGUCCGUGUAGAAGGUCAAACCGAUCAGUUCACAUUUUCAGAUUCUGAUUAA